CACCAAAUUGUGUAGGUGAAUUCGGUUGUAUAUUACUAUAUUCAAUUAUUUAGGACACACAUUUUCAUGUUAUUACGAAAAUACCCUUUUUAUUGACCAAAUUUAUCCAUCACCCAACACCAAAUGACAAUUUCUGUAUGAUUAGUGUUAAUAAUACGGAACUGCCAUCGUUAGGGAGAACUCCCAAAAAGCUCACAAAUUCCAAGACAACAUUCGAUCACCUUUCUCAUCUUCCUCCCUCGCCCUUUUCCUGUAACUGGAGAUUUGGAGAGAGAAAUUAGGGUUUCUGGAGCUGUUUAAUCUGUUAUUACAGAUCCUACAAUUCAAAUUGAUUAACUGAUUCAUUUGUAUUGAAUGGCGGCUGCUACAUUUUGCAAGCGAAUUCAUCAAAUCGGCGGCACUAAUUCAAUUCUAAAUUCGACUAGAUUUAGGGAUUUAUGUGCUCUGAAUGCCGCGGUUUAUGCGAAUGGCGAUAAUCGAUCGUACUCGUCGUUGUCUCUGCAUCAUCGUUACGGUGCUAGGUAUACUGACACGAAAUCUAUUUCUCAGCUCGUGAGUUCUAAUGGUAGACGCUUGUUUCUCGUUGAUACGUUAGCACUUGUAAGGAAAUUAGAAGCGGAAGGUAUACCGUCGAAGCAAGCAGAGGUGAUUACAGGUGUAAUUACGGAAGUUUUGAAUGAUAGUCUGGAAAAUGUAACUCAGUCCUUUAUGUCUAAGGCUGAGAUGCAAAGAUUUGAGAUGAUGCAGGAGGCAAACUUGGCAAAGUUCAAAUCUGAAGUACAGAGCUCACAGGAACAUCAUUUUUCCCUGUUGCAACGGGAGGCCGAGAAACUCCAGAGUGACAUAGAGAAGAUGCGUAGUGAAUUGAGGUAUGAGAUUGACAAAGUUACUGCUGGGCAGCGAUUGGAUUUGAAUCUUGAAAAAGGGAGGAUACGGGAUGAAUUGGCAAAUCAAACUGCAGAAACAAACAAUCUCACCAAUAAGCUUGAUAGGGAAAUUCACGCAUUAAGGGCACAAGUGGAAGCUGCAAAAUAUGAUGUGAUCAAAUACUGCAUAGGUACUCUUGUUUCAAUCUCCGCUGUUGGCCUCGCUGUGGUGCGAAUCUUGUUGUGAGCAAGCUAUCUAUGGUCAGUUUGUCACCCUAUUCAACCUGCAUAUCCCUCUCAUUAGUCUUUUAACAAGGUGACUUUUAACUUGGAUCAUGUUGUAUUGUUGCUUCGUGCUGCGAUUUAAGGAAAUAUAUUAGGUUUUUCCACAAGAUUUACUGCAAUUUAAGGAAAUAUAACAGGUUAACAGGCAACAGUUGUGGAUGUUUUUUUUUAUCCACUUCUGUUGGGAUGAAGAAAUGGUAUAAAAAGAAAUACACCGUAAACUUUUACGCUAGUACCAAUUCUUUAGUUGUUGCAACUUCUGUAACUAUGAUAUUUGUCAAUACGACCACCUCUUAUACAACCUUGUAUUGGUUGUUCCGGUGAGUCGCUAACUGUUAAUUCUUUGGCUAGAAUUACUGGAUUUUAAAUUUAAUGUUGGAAUAUUCCCUUGUUUAAACAUUAAAAUUUCUGAUGAUUAGUAUAAAGUUGUACAAGCUUUGUUUUCA